AUGAUAACUUUAACUAAUGUGAUCGACGCACAAAAUUUAUUAGGAGAAACGGCUUUACAUUUGGCCUGUUUACACGCUAAUAAAUAUGUCGCAGACUUAUUAUUAGAUAAUGCCGCUGACGUCACUCUUUUAACAACCAAAGGCCUUUCCGCAUACGACUAUCUCAAAUUCUCAAAUGAACUCUGUGUCGAUAGGAAGCGCCUUGACCCCAAAAUCAGGAAGCCUAAAUUCAUCGCGUUAGGCUCCAAGAAGUCGAAGUCAAGUCGCGACAUCGGCAAAUCGUCGAUGUCCAACGCGACAAAUUCAUUCUUAAUCGAGGCUUUGGAUGAUCUAGAAAAAAAUUAUAGUAAAAAAUCUAUUGACAGGAGAAAUAGAAGAAACUCAAUUUCAAGUUGUUCCUCAGCAGUCGACGAAGAAAGUGGAGUUAAAAGUUCCGUCGAUCCGCCACGUAGCUCAUCGACGGAAUUGAAGAAAAUAGCAACCAAAAAAGAGAACUCGAUAUUUAGCAUGAUUUUCGAGUUCAUCGAGAAAAAGAUGGAAAGUGGGAGCGAUUCGGACGAAAAGGAAACGAAAGAGAAAUCAAAGACUGACGUCAAGAAAAAGAAAGAGAAGAAACUUCCAAAUCCGAUUUUUUACGAAACGGCGGAGGAAAAAAUGCGAAGAUAUGAGAUAGUGACAGACAAUCUCAUGAAAAGUUUACCGAAAAGUCAACCACUGAGAAGCCGAAAAUAUAAUCCCGGCGACUCAUAUCACGUUUUGUCAUUAGAUGGAGGAGGGGUGAAAUGUAUAUAUCAAACCAUUUUAUUAAGAAAAAUAGUGACUGAAAUCCCCGAAUUUUUUGAGAAGAUAGAUUUAAUUGCCGGAUUGAGCGCGAGUUCGUUGAUUUGUGCGUCGAUUUUACUUGGGUAUGACUUGAAUUUCAUAGAAAAACUCAUGGAAGUUGUCAGUUUUGAAACGUUCAAAUCAGAAUCUCAUUUAGCCGGAAUAGCGGGGCAUCAAUUUUCGAAUAAAUUCAUGAAAAUGUUAGCGGAACGGAUGUUUGGUGAUCGAAAGUUAUCUGACCUUACGCGAGAUUGUUCGAUCCAAUCCUUUUUGAUUGAUUCCGGCAAGUACUCAAAUCUGAAUCUUCGGAAUUCGAAGGCGAUGUUAUUUAAUAAUUUUGAGAGCAAGUACAAAUUGGACGGGUAUUUGCGUGACGUUUGUUUGCAGUCAGCCGCGGCACCCGGGUAUUUUGAUCCCUUAAACAAUCACGUUGAUGGCAGUGUAUUAGUUAACAAUCCAUUCUUUUUAAGUUAUCCGUUGAUCAUUGGGGAAUAUGGGAUGGCUAUUCCAAAGGCACAAUUAGUAGUCUUAUCCAUUGGAUCUGGAUAUCCUAAUGUCCCUUAUUAUGAUAUAGAAGAGAUGGGAGAUGCGGGAUUAGUCCAAUGGCUUAUUAAACUAUCCGACUUCACUAUCUUCGCACGAAAGGAAAUGGCGGUCACGGAGAGUAAAGUCAUCUUAGGAGAAAGGUAUCAUCGUUUGGAUCCUAAACUCACGACUGACGUCGAAAUUUGUGACUCGAAAAAUAUUCCUAUCGUUAAACAAAUGGCUGAGGAACAAGACUUAAGCGAGACUUUGGCUUGGAUUAAGAAGUAUUGGUGA